GUUGCCCAACAUGGCUGCGCCCUGCUCGUAUCAGCAGGUCUGAAGGUGUACAUGAUGUCCAGGGAGCAGGUGAGUAUCAGUGAGCUCUUGCUCUCAUUGGACAGCUCAGAGCUGCAGGAGGCGGAGCUUGUCAAAUCGGCGGUCAAUCAGCAGCUGAGUUCAGACAGAGGGGGCGCUGUGCUCUGCAGCCUGGUGGAUUAUUACCUGGACUGCUCGUCUCCUCAGGCGCUGCUGCUGCUCUCCUCCGUCAGAGAGGCUCAUCAUAAGCCCCUCCUGGAGAAGCUGAAUGAGUCUCUGAACCGACCGGCGAGCCGUCAGGCCGCUCUCACUCUGCUGGGUCACCUGAUCAGGAAACAGCCGCCAUGGGUUCAUCACAUCAGCCGCUCGAACCUGCUGACGUCACUGCUGCGCUGCCUCAAGGACUCGGACGUUGUGGGUCGCUGA